AUGAUUUUACAGCCACCGGGGGGUCUGAUACAAGAGCUUCAGAGGACCCUUGUCAAUUUCUUCCGGUCUGGACAACAUUGGAUUAAAGCUGCAGCCCUGUACCUGCCACUGCACGAGGGUGGGCAAGGCCUGGUGGACAUUUCUUCCAGCAUCAUUGCUGCGGUGGGGGCGUUAGAGGAGGAUGGAGGGUCUGAUGAUGUGCUGAUUGUUAGUGCUGCGGUGGGGGCGUUAGAGGAGGAUGGAGGGUCUGAUGAUGUGCUGAUCGUUAGUGCUGCGGUGGGGGCGUUAGAGGAGGAUGGAGGGUCUGAUGAUGUGCUGAUUGUUAGUGCUGCGGUGGGGGCGUUAGAGGAGGAUGGAGGGUCUGAUGAUGUGCUGAUUGUUAGUGCUGCGGUGGGGGCGUUAGAGGAGGAUGGAGGGUCUGAUGAUGUGCUGAUUGUUAGUGCUGCGGUGGGGGCGUUAGAGGAGGAUGGAGGGUCUGAUGAUGUGCUGAUUGUUAGUGCUGCGGUGGGGGCGUUAGAGGAGGAUGGAGGGUCUGAUGAUGUGCUGAUUGUUAGUGCUGCGGUGGGGGCGUUAGAGGAGGAUGGAGGGUCUGAUGAUGUGCUGAUUGUUAGUGCUGCGGUGGGGGCGUUAGAGGAGGAUGGAGGGUCUGAUGAUGUGCUGAUUGUUAGUGCUGCGGUGGGGGCGUUAGAGGAGGAUGGAGGGUCUGAUGAUGUGCUGAUUGUUAGUGCUGCGGUGGGGGCGUUAGAGGAGGAUGGAGGGUCUGAUGAUGUGCUGAUUGUUAGUGCUGCGGUGGGGGCGUUAGAGGAGGAUGGAGGGUCUGAUGAUGUGCUGAUUGUUAGUGCUGCGGUGGGGGCGUUAGAGGAGGAUGGAGGGUCUGAUGAUGUGCUGAUUGUUAGUGCUGCGGUGGGGGCGUUAGAGGAGGAUGGAGGGUCUGAUGAUGUGCUGAUUCUACAGCGCUCUGCACAGGCAGCAGUGGAGGACAGUGAUGAGAUCUUUACUGAGCUGAUCCGCUCCCUUGAGAGAAGGAGCUCUGAGGUGAAGGAGCUGAUCAGAGCCCAAGAGAAGGCUCAAGUGAGUCAAGCUGAAAGACUCCUGGAGCAACUGAAGCAGGAGAUAGCUGAGCUGAGGAAGAGAAGCACUGAGCUGGAGCAGCUCUCACACACAGAGGAUCACAUCCAUUUCCUCCAGAGUUAUCAGUCUCUCUCCAGUAUCUGUGUAUCUUCAGACUUACCCAGCAUCGUUGUCCGUCCUCUUCAGUACUUUGGAGAUGUGAGUAAGACUGUGUCUGAACUGAGAGAGAAACUAGAAGACUUCCUUAAAGGAGAAUGGACCAAGAUCUCCACUACAGUGAAUAUAGUGGAUGUUGUACUGCCUCCAGAGCCCAAGACCAGAGAACAGUUGUUACAAUAUUCCUGUCAGCUCACACUGGACCCAAACACAGCAAACACACACCUCUCUCUGUCUAAAGGGAACAGAAAGGUGACCUAUACAGACCAAGUCCAACAAUAUCCUGACCAUCCAGAAAGAUUCACCUACUGGUGGCAGGUUCUGUGUAGAGAGGGUCUGUCUGGACCCUGUUACUGGGAGGUGGAGUGGAGUGGGGAUUGGGUUAAUACAGUAGUCUCAUGUAAAGACAUCAGCAGAACAGAGGAAGAUGCUGGAUUUGGAGACAAUAACAAGUCCUGGAGUUUAGAGUGCUCUAGUGAUGGUUAUUAUUUCAGACACAAUAAUGUUAAGACUAAAGUAUCAGGCCCUCAGUCCUCCAGAGUAGGAGUGUACCUGGAUCACAAGGCAGGUACUCUGUCCUUCUACAGUGUCUCUGACACAAUGACCCUCCUCCACAGAGUCCAGACCACAUUCACUCAGCCCCUCUAUCCUGGGUUUUAUCUCUAUGGUACUGCUGAGCUGGUUAAACUGUAGUAGGGUCCACAUAGAAACUAGUCAUGCUGGUGUAGUCUAUAGCUGAGCUGGUUAAACUGUAGUUGGGUCCACAUAGAUACUAGUCAUGCUGGUGUAGUCUAUAGCUGAGCUGGUUAAACUGUAGUUGGGUCCACAUAGAUACUAGUCAUGCUGGUGUAGUCUAUAGCUGAGCUGGUUAAACUGUAGUAGGGUCCACAUAGAUACUAGUCAUGCUGGUGUAGUCUAUAGCUGAGCUGGUUAAACGGUAGUAGGGUCCACAUAGAUACUAGUCAUGCUGGUGGUGAUGGUCCCCAGAUGUGAUGAUUCUUUUAUCUUUUAUCUAGUUUUAUCUACAAUGAUUUAACUGAUUUGAUCUUCAGAAGAUGUUAUGAAUUAAAAUUCAUUGUUUUCAUAUUUUAGUAAUUGCAAUGUUUUAAUCUUGUACAUUUCCAUGAAUCAUGAUGUCUGGUGUUGAUGUAUAUUGGUUGUCAUUCAGAACCAUUGAUAUGUUUUCUCAGUUGGUUCUCUGUCUCUAUGUAAUUCUCCUCAGUAUCAUUGAUCAGCUUGUUGGUCCUAAUUGAUGUGUUCUCUGUCACCUGGAGCUGCAUGGAAAAUGGUCCAGGAACUAAAGGACAAUUCAGGACUAGUCAGCCCACUACAAGCUGGUAUCACUUAUUUCUACUAAACUAUAUGGACUGGUUUCCCAGACACAGAUUAAUCCUAGUCCUGGACUAAAAAGUAUGUUCAAUGUAGAUGUCCAGGAAACCGUCCCUAAAUGUGUCAUCUUUCAUCCUCCCAUACUGCUCAGUCCAGCAACAUUAAACCUGUCCAGCAGGUGGUGCUAUUGACCAAACAAUAAAACCAGCAGAUAUCUUGACUUGCCACUCAGUAUAUCAGUAAUGUUCAGAAUAGUACUUUAAUAUCAUUGGAGAUUGAUGGUCUUUUUAAUCCACUAUCCAGAGUCAGGAACAGAUGAAGUUAGGUCUGCUACUGUUCAGUGAUUAAAUAUGAUUUAUGGUGAUGGGAAAUAAUAAAAAACACUAAACUUCA